AUGUCUUUUCAAAAACCUCUUCUAGACCUUUACAAGUUUACCAACAAUCUGAGCAAAGAGCAUCUUAAGAAAAAGCAUAUAAACCACUAUCACUUUUCAAAUGUAAAAAUGUACAUAGGUGAGUUGCAAGUGCUCGAUACUCUCAACAAGCUUGGAGGAGCUUUCUUUACCAGGUUCUCCGAUGGAAAAUUUAAGAAUGGAUAUAUCAACAUGCAGGGAUUCUUUAACAGAACAUAUUUUCCCAUACGUGUUAAAUUUUGUGUUGAUAAGUUGUGUGAUCCUGAUAUUCUCUUAAAUUUUAAAAAUAUUAUUAACAUGCAUGAAAAUGCAGUUGGGAUCUUUUUCUGUCCAUCGGGCAUCACAGCUCCUUGCAAGAAUCAUCUUGGCGAGAUCAAGUUUGUUAGUUCUCUGGAAGAGCUUUCGACAACAGUUCAACAACUGUCUUCAGGUUCAUUCAAGAAGAGGGUCAUCUUUGAAGUACCUAUGCGAAAACAUAACUCUUACGAAGCAUCUCUCAAGAUGAUUCAGAUGCUAGAACGAAAGAAAUUAACCAUGCACUCUAUUCGAUUCAGUUACUCUUUUCCCUUUCGUCUCGAAGAGAAUAUCAAUACUGUUGGUUAUGUGGGAUUUGAUUAUGUUGGUACGUAUGAAUUUCAUAACAAGAUUUAUCAUAUUGCAAUUCGAGAUGAGCGAAGAGCUUCCAAAGAAGCCCUGAAGAAGAAACACAAGGAAUUUACAAGAGCCAUGGAUACGUAUCUUUCUAGUUACUAUCUUGGAGUGCUCUUGAUCUCAUACAAUAGCGAUGAA